CGUUCAUUUUCCCGCUUCACCGCCAACCACGAACUCUAUAAAUAGCUUCUUAUUCAACUUUUCAGCUGUAUACACUGCAGUUUCUGUUUUGUCUCCCACGCCCCAAGGUACUUACUCUCUCUCUCUCACGCACACAAAAAUGAACGCGAACAUGUAGUACUGAAUAUGCCAUUUCAGCUGAACCUGAGUGGUGGAGAUAUUUGCGAUUUACGAACGAGAAAUUGUAUUCAUCGGAAUAGAUAUGGAUUCACAUAAAUUGGGGGAAUCUACUGUUUCUCUGGUGUUGAGGAAGAUUUAUUGAACUGUGACCCAGCAGGUUUUGCUAAUCUGUUUAAUCCGGAAAGUCCAGCGUGUAGAUUUUUUUUCUCCCUAAAUUUGUCUCGUAUCUGCUAUUUUACUUCUGCUGCCGUGUCAAAUCCUUGCAAGCGUAACCUCCCUGUCGUAACUGUGAUCUUAGCACAUUGGACUUUAAUCAUUCUCGGUCAUGAAAACAUGAGUUCGUGUAUGGAUACCUAUGCACUGAAGGCAGUGAGCGACUUACCUACUCCUUUUCACUCCGCUUUUAGUUUCAGGUACUUCAACUCAUUGCAGAGUGAAUGCUUUUCCACAUGCUUCCUUUCCGAUGUAAACAUGGUCAUUUCUGCACCAACUGGAAGUGGAAAAACUGUACUUUUUGAGUUAUGCAUUAUGAGGCUUCUCUCUAAGUUCAUCAGUGGCGAUGGAAAAUUCACCAAUCUUAAGGGGACCCUUAAAACAAUCUACAUAGCACCAUCAAAAGCAUUGGUGCAAGAAAAGCUUCGGGAUUGGACUAAGAAGCUUGGACAUUUGGGAAUAAAUUGCCUCGAGCUAACGGGUGAUAAUGAGUACUACAGUAUCAAGAGUAUACAGGACACAGACAUCAUUCUUACGACACCUGAGAAAUUUGAUGCUGUGACUCGAUACCGGAUAAAAGAUGGAGGCUUGAGCUUUUUCAGCGAUAUAGCACUUGUGCUUAUUGAUGAAGUUCAUUUACUGAAUGACCCCCGAGGAGCAGCACUAGAAGCAAUAGUCAGCAGAAUAAAAAUACUUUCUCGCAAUCCCAAAUUGCAAUCAAGUCCUUUAUCCCUCAUCCGUUUCCUAGCUGUCUCUGCUACAAUCCCAAAUAUCAAUGAUCUUGCGGAGUGGCUUCUGGCUCCAGCUCAGGGAGUUAAAAGGUUUGGAGAAGAAAUGAGACCUGUAAAGUUGACCACCAAAGUUUUUGGGUACACACCAGCAAAAAAUGAUUUCUUAUUUGAAAAGAGGCUCCAGAACUACAUUUUCAAUCUGCUCAUGCAAUUCUCUGGAGGAAAAUCUGCCUUGAUUUUUUGCUCUACCAGAAAAGGAGCGCAAGAAGCAGCACAAGUACUCUCUCAGACAGCAAUGACUUUUGGUCAUUCAAAUCCUUUCAUCAAAAAUAGAGAACAGCAGGAAAGGUUAAGGGAGGCAUCACUAUUGUGUAGCGACAAACAAAUGCAAUCUUACAUACUUUAUGGUGUUGCAUAUCACAAUGGUGGACUUUCUUUGAAGGAUCGCAAUCUCAUUGAAGGCCUUUUCCUGAAUGGUGAUAUUCAAAUUUUGUGCACCACAAAUACUUUGGCCCAUGGAAUUAAUCUACCAGCACAUACUGUUGUCAUCAAAUCAACGCAGCAUUUCAACAAGGAGAAAGGUAUCUACAUGGAGUAUGACCGAUCCAUGAUAUUGCAGAUGUGUGGAAGAGCAGGCCGUCCUCCAUUUGAUGACACCGGAAUGGUCAUAAUCAUGACCAGAAAAGAAACAGUCCAUUUGUAUGAGAAUUUAUUGAAUGGAUGUGAAACGGUGGAGUCACAAUUGCUGCCAUGUGUAACAGAACAUCUGACUGCAGAGAUAGUUCAAUCAACUAUCUCAGAUAUAACAAGGGCAAUUGAAUGGAUGAAGUGCUCCUAUUUGUAUGUGAGAAUGAAAAAGAAUCCUGAGAAUUAUUCAAUUCUGGGGCUGCCUGGUAACCGAAUAGAGAAGCAUUUGCAAGAAAUUUGUGUUCAGAAAGUUAAAGAACUGUCAGAAUAUCAGAUGAUCUGGACUGAUGAAGAUGGUUUCCUCCUGAAGCCACUUGAGCCUGGAAGGUUGAUGACAAAGUACUAUCUGAAGUUUGACACAAUGAAGCACAUUAUGCAGGGCCCUCCUAACUGCAGCAUGGAGGACAUACUUCAUAUUAUAUGUCAGGCAGAAGAAAUUGCAUGGAUACAGCUGAGGCGGAAUGAGAAGAAGUUCCUAAAUGACAUUAACAAUGACAAAGAUGGCCGGCUUCGCUUUCACAUCCUUGACGAUAAAGGAAAGCGUAAAAAACGCAUCCAGACCAGAGAAGACAAGAUAUUUGUUCUGGUGAAUGACUGCUUGACUGGUGAUCCAUUAGUGCGUGAUUUAUCUAUGAGUCAGGAUGUGAACUCUAUAUGCUCAAAUGGGUCUAGAAUUGCAAAGUGCAUGAAAGAGUAUUUUAUGUUCAAGAAAAGCUACAAAGGAGCUUUCAAUUCAACAGUAAUAGCCAAAUGUUUACAUCAGAAGUUAUGGAAUGAUAGCCCAUACUUGCUGAAACAAUUACCAGGCAUUGGAAUGGUGACUGCAAAGGCACUAUAUUCAAUGGGAGUAAUGUCAUUUGAGACCCUCUUUGAAGCUGAUCCAAGAAAGAUAGAGCUGGUUACUGGUAGAAAAUAUCCAUUUGGAAACCAUAUAAAGGAGUCGUUGCUCACACUACCCCCCAAAGUUGAGAUGGCAAUUCAGGAAGUUGAGGACCAAAGGAUAGGAAUGUCCAAACUACUGAUAACAUUGACUAGGCUAUCGCCGCCAGCGCAAUCAACUAAAAGACAUUAUGCUGAUAUGAUGGUCAGUAUAGAAGAAGAUAACAUCAUUCUGUUUUAUGAAAAAAUAAGGUUGGAGGAGUUCUCAAGCCCUUAUACUGCAACAGUCUUAUUUUCAAGCCCUAAGCAAGGAAAGCUGACGAUUAAGGCAGAUCUGAUAUUUGAAGAAUUCAUUGGCAUUGAUCUCCAUCGGAAGGUUAUCAUCACAGCACCAGUAGACUUAAAUGUCGUCCACAGAUACAGACCCAAGGAACUCUCCCCCUUUAUACCGAAGGAUGUUCACAUCAUAAAAGACGACAAGGAUGAGUCUUCUGUCACUGCCUCCAAAAAAUGUCACUACUCCAAUGAAUUGAUAGAGAACUCAAUUUCCAUGCCCACCUUCAAACUUCUAGACGAGGAAUUGGAAGAUGGUAAGGAACUUUUGUUUCUUGAGUCCUAUUUUCUUGUCCUCCAGCCCACUCACUGCCACUGUUUUUCUUUUCCUUCCUCUAAUGUUGAAGACAAACCAGUUAUUGAGACUGAAGAUGAUGACUGCAAAAUCAUAACUGAAAGGACGGUAUUCGACCAUAUUCGGAAAAAGGCAAAAACAUUACCCUUUUUGCCCAUGCCCAACGAUACAUGUUUGCCAUCACUGGAGGCCUUCACGCUCAUCAGGAAACGCACUCGUGAAAGGCAUCUUAAACUGGAUAAUGAUAUUGAGGUUCUGGAAAUACAAGAGAACCGAGUUAUUCAACAUUCCAAACUUACAGAACCAGAACCAAACAUACACGCUAUCGAUGAAGAUGAUCCAACAGAUAUUUCUGAAGGCUCUUAUAAUCUCAUGGACACAGAAAUUUUGGGUGGAGAAGGAACACUGGCUACUGAACACCAGAGUACUGAAUCAGGAACACUGACUGAAGAUACAAUUCUCGGACAUACAAGAAAAGUGCCAAGGAACUACUCGGUUUUCGGUAAUUCUAGGACAGCUGAUUCUACAGUACGCACACUGGACUGUGGAACCUCUCACAUGCAGGGGAAUGAUACUCAACCCCCAGUAAGCUCUAGCGAUAAUGAUGUGAUUAAGCUGUUGUCUCCAAGUUUACAGAAAGGACAGUUUUGUUCGCUAGCAAUUGCAGGAGAAGUCAAGAAAGAGGAUUCUUUUCUUGGGUUCCAGAGUGUGUUUUCGUUUCUUUAAUAUUUUGGAUAUUUGAGACACGGGCAAUUAUGUUUAAGUGUACUUGGUUGUGCUUCA